CAUGCGCACGUUAUCAUGGCGGAUGAGGCAGUCGGUGAAGUGUGUGGUUUUACCUUAUUAAAGUUUUAAAGACAAAAAUGGGAUGUUAAGUCAGAAACUGUACCAUUUUAAGACCUGUCAUAGUAAGGACCCCUAAAAGGAGGACAAGACAAACUAUGACAACGAACGAGGAACAAGAGAUGGAGCUGGAGGCUCUGCGCUCCAUUUACGAGGGCGACGAGUGCUUCAAGGAAAUCAGCCCUGUAUCGUUUCAAUUCAGAAUAGGAGACCUGGAGGACUCCAAAGCAUUCAUCUUGGAUGUUUCUUGGCCAGACACGUACCCUGAGACAGCGCCCCAAAUGUCCCUUGAUGCAUUUUUUAAUAACAAGAUUUCUCCAGAGACUAAACAGCUUAUUCUGUCAAAAUUGGAGGAACAAGUAGUGGCCAAUCUUGGCACAGCAAUGAUGUACACAUUGUUUGAAUGGGCCAAGGAAAAUCAAGAAUCCCUAAUGGAGAAUCACAAACCCAUAGUACAAGCUGUGACAGUGGCCUCAAGCAAUGAAGCUACAGUUACAACUCCAGCCAAGAAGAAGGAAAAGAAGGAGCAGCUAACGAAAGCACAGAAGAGAAGGAUGGUCAGCAGGACAGAUAACAAAGGAGAGCUUCCCAGGGGUUGGAACUGGGUGGAUGUCAUUAAAGUAAGUGCCUUUUUUUAUCACUAG